AUGCACUCAGGUGGAGGAGAAAAUGGGAAGAAGGCACUGGAGCGGGUGGAUCUUGUUGUUAGAGUAGUCUCACACAUGAAGAAAACCCUUGAAUCGCGACUCGCUCCGUCGCUCGUCACCAUUUUCGUCCCUCCCCACGUCCGCGCCUUCUUCCCGGGCUUCCACGGCACCCAGCUCCUCCCCGCCUCCGACGGCUCCGGCCCGCACCCGCACCUCAUCCUCGACGACCUCGCCGCCGGCCUCCGCCGCCCGUCCCUCAUCGACAUCAAGAUUAGCGCGCGUACCUGGUACCCCUCCGCCCCCGACGACUACGUCCGCAAAUGCCUCAAGAAGGACCGCGACACCACCAGCCUCGCCCUCGGCUUCUGCAUCUCCGGCGUGCGGAUCCACCAGGGCGGCAACGCCGGCUUCUGGCGGCCCGAUCGCGAGGCCGUCCGGCGGUUCACCGCGGAGGACGUCAAGCGAGCGCUCCGGCAGUUCGUGUCCUCGAAUCCGGCGUCGGAUCCGGGCCCGCCGGACUGCGCCUUCGCCUCCGCUGUGUACGGCCGGUCGGACGGGGUUCUGGCGCAGCUGCUGGAGCUCAAGGCGUGGUUCGAGGACCAGAUGCUGUUCCACUUCUACUCGGUGUCGGUGCUGGUGAUGUACGCGAGGGAGGAGGUCGAGGCCAGGAGGGCCGGCGGCGGGGUUAGGGUUAAGCUCGUGGAUUUCGCUCAUGUGAUGGAGGGGAAUGGGGUUAUCGACCACAAUUUCUUGGGGGGGCUCUGCUCGCUGAUCAAGUUCAUCUCGGAGAUCCUCACCGACCCGGAUGAGUGCUUGGCCGAACCCAACAAGACGCACUUGAGCUUCGAGAAUGGGAGCUGA